AUGAACACCUUUCCCAUCACUUUGCUCAGCUUACUGGCUGAUCUCGUCUUCGCAGCAGAGUCACAGAGACCAUACGCAACACCGCUGGUACCAUUCACCACAACCAAUACCAGUCAGACAUUGCCAUCAGUCACGAGACGGCCUUUCACUACCCCUUUAGUACCACUCCCGCCCUUGACCUCCAAUAAACUGCAUUCCGGUUCCGCCACCACAAGCAAUCCCAAAGUCCCAGCAAACACCAACAGUCCCAAAGCUCCCUUGAAUGUUGCAUACAUCGCCUACGGCUACCAAGACCAAUGGGCAGGCAACACGGAUACUUCCAAGCCACCAAUUGACAUUCUCCCUCUAGCCCAACGGAACUCCACCGUCGACGCACUCUUCAUAAACCCAUGCAGCCUCGAAUCGCAAACUCCCUCAGCGCCCAGCUGCCAUGGCUGGCCCUUUCCCGUUUCCCAAUACUGGACCCAAAUCUGGCCCAUGUACCAAGAAGUCCAAGCCCAAGGAAUCCUCCUCUCUGCCAGUUUUGGAGGUUUUGGAUCUGAUACUUUCCACCUGCUAGCUCAGGAUUGGGAGAAAUACUAUCCUCCCAUCCCAACCUUCCUCAGGCAAAACAAAUUCGACGGCAUCGAUCUGGACAUCGAACCUUCAUUUGAGAAUUCUUACGUCCCACAUCUCUCCUUGGCCUUACAACUAGUCAAUUCUCUCCGAAACGACAUGGGUCCCGAGUUUUUGAUCACGCUCUGUCCCAUCGACUCGGACAUGUACGAAUUCCGCAACAGGAAAUUCAGCGGGUUCAGUACCUGGGAACUCGAUCAAUAUGCCACUACAAGAGAUUCCCACGGAAAUGCGAUGAAAAGUAUCAACUUUUUCACUCCGCAGUUUUACGAAGGGGGAGGGGAGCCUUCGGUGGGGUACUAUGAGGAAUUGAUCGGUAAUGGCGGUUGGGAUCCGAGGCGGGUGGCCAUGUUGGUUCUUACUAGUCACGACUAUAGGGGUUAUAUGAAUUUGUCGGAGAUAGAGGGGAUGGCGAAGGGGUUGAGAGAAAGGUAUGGUGAUGGGACUUUUGGUGGGGUUGGUGGGUAUGAGUAUGCUCGAGCUGGGGAGACGGAUGGGGUGGAGAGGUGGGAGUGGUACGAGCAGAUUGGAGAGGCAUUAGGGCUUGCACCGUGA